UGAGCGUCGCCGAGCGCGACCUGAGGAGAGCCAUGCCCGGAUCAUGCACAUCAUUGAUGGAACCAUCCGGGAGCGCAAGGAGAUACCAAGGGCCUCUGCCGGCGCUGAAGAUGAGGACCUGCUCGACGUGCUUCUCCGGCUGCAGGAGGAAGACUCACGCACCUUUCCUCUCACGGCGGAAAUCAUCGGCGCCGUUAUCUUCGAUAUAUUUGGAGCUGCUACCGAAACCACAGCCACUGCGCUAGAAUGGGCCAUGGCAGAGCUCAUCAGGAAUCCACAGGCAAUGGCAAGGGCAAAGCUGGAGAUCCGACAAAAGCUAGGCCAAGGAAGAGUUACGAUCACGGGCGAAGACCUUCGUGACGUCCACUACCUAUGGAUGGUCAUUAAUGAGACUCUAAGAUUACAUCCAGCUGCUCCUUUCAUUGCACGCAUGAGCCAAGAGAAUUGCCAAAUCAUGGGCUACGACAUACCCAAGGGCUCUACUGUCUCCAACUCAUUUGCGAUUGCGAGGGACCCGAGGUAUUGGGAAGACCCCGACAAGUUCAGGCCAGAAAGGUUCGAGGAUAGCAAUGUUGGGGUGCACUUUGAGUUCAUCCCAUUUGGAGCUGGCCGUACAAUGUGUUCUGGAGCUCUGUUUGCAACCACUUCGGUACGGGUCACGCUGGCGAACCUCCUUUACCGCUUUGAUUGGGAGCUUCCUAAUGGGGCAAGCCCAGAAACGCUGGACAUGCGCGAGAAGUUUGGUUUCAGUUUGCGCCGGAGGUCCGACUUCUACGCGCCGGCAGCCUCGCGUUCUCUCCAGUAAUUGUGCCGCUUAUUUACAGUAUCUAUCAACCUACCUCAGAUACACCCCCAUGUCAUUAUGUCACUAUAGUUGUGUUAUUGUUGUUAGCUUACUUUCCUAAAAAUUAAAAGGAACUGUUACUGUUAUCUAA